CGGCUAGAUCGCUAGUAAAAUGCUUUGACAAUCAGCAGUCAGUUGCUGAGCGUGAGCACGCGAGUGCGAUGAUCAUUUGGCGUGCGAAAAAACUUUGAAAAUCGAAAAUAAAAAGAACGUUGUAAGGCGUGCGGGCGUACAAACGAACUUUGCUUUUAGCGCGCCGGUGAAAAACAAUAUAAAAUAAACAGUAUUAUUUGUUAAGGAAGUACACUGUACGGAUAAUGGUGGGAAAUGUGUGAAAGUGACAAAAAACGCAAAUAGAAAACAAAAACAUUCCAAAGAGACUCAAACAAGGCGUAACAAGUAUAAUUAAUAAGCGCUCACAAUUUUCAAAGAAAAAUAUUAUGAACUGUGUGACAAAGUUCAGAAAAAGUGAACAAUCGAAUGAGCUUAAGUUAUAUAAUCAUUAACUGCCGAUCUAAAAUAAACAAAAUAUAUAUACACGUGUGCACAGAAAUACUUUGCAGUUCUAAACAAAUCGGCAUAAUAAAGACAAUACAACAACACAAGCCGCUAAUCGCCGGCUACGAUCUGUCAAGAUAAUACAAAGUCGCAGAAAUAAUUGCCAAUUCAUCGCGCACAAAUAAGGCAAAAGGUGAUAGCAAAGCCGCACCACGCAGAUAGACUUCAGAGCCGGAAGAAAACAAAAAAAAAAUAAACAUAAAUAAAAGAUUGCAAAUCGCGUCUUAAAUCAACGCAGUCAGCUGUCUACGUAAGGCUAUGCGCAGCAGCUGACUAUAACUGUAAACAAUUACCGAAGUUACAUAUAAAAAAUCGAAAUUGAAGCGCUUCCCUCAGCGCUUCGUAUAUUCAGCUAAUAAACACCGAUCAACAUGCGCGCCUUCCAACGCGGCUUCUUCUGCUCGGAUCUCACGCUGCGCUAUCCGUACCGUGAAUGCACGAUCACCAUACCGAUGUUACUGAUCUAUACACUGCUACUGCCGAUGCUCUUCAUCAGCGUUGUGGAGAUAAUGCGCAUCUGCAAGUGCUUUCGACUGCGCAAAUACGUAACGAAUUUAGCGCGCAGCUUAUCCAUCUUUAGUUUCGGUUUCAUCGCCACCUAUCUGACCACGGAGCUGGCGAAGAAUGUGGUGGGGCGCCUGCGUCCGCACUUCUACACCGCGUGUCAACCGCGCUUGCCGGAUGGCAGCUCCUGCGAGAGCGCGUAUCAGCAGCUGGUCGGCGGUGGCGUGUAUGUGGAGCAUUACUAUUGCGCGAAUCGCAAUUUGAGCGCACGGCAGUUGCGCGAACUGCACGUAUCCUUUCCGAGCGCGCAUUCAUCGCUCUCAUUCUACGCCAUGCUGCUGCUGUGCUUCUACUUGCACGCGGUGUGGCGCGGACGCGGCACUACACGCGUCUUGCGUCACAUACUACAGUUCCUGUUGUUGUUGGUCGCCUGUUACAUAGCGCUGAGUCGCGUGCGUGACUAUUGGCAUCACUGGUCUGAUGUGUUGGCCGGCGCGCUGCUCGGUGCUGUCUACGCCAUCUUGACGGCGGUGUAUGUGGGGCGCAUGCUGCGGCAGGGCUUCGCCGAUGCGGCAUCAACACAUAAGCAUAAGAAGCAUCAGUAUAAGUUGGGUGGCAAACAGCAGGUGAAGCAGCUGGCGCAUGCACACCAACAUCAUCAUCCGCAUCAGCUGACAUCAUCACAGCAUAGACUGGCGCCGCAUGACGCGCGCAGCGGACGCAUGUUGCUGGUGGCAGCCAGCGGUAGUGUCAGCAAUUUGCAGCAGCAGCAGUUGUUGUCAACAGCGCACGAGGAUCUGGAGAAGCAGCAGUUGCACGAACAAGUGGUUAAAGAGCAUUUAAUGGAGCGCAGCAGCAUUGGUGGCGGCGGUGAUUGUGAGUGGAAGCUGCAGGCGGUUGUGUUGCCAACGUAAAUUGCCAGCAAAACGUCAUGGGAUCGGGCGCGCAAGCACGCGCUGGAAUGAGGAAGGCGUGCUACGGUGCAGUUGACGGCGGAACAAAUCUGUAAACACAACACAUAAUGGCACAAGCGGUGAUAAGACGAGAGAGGAGCGUCACCGGAGAGAGCACGCGGUGCGCUGUAGAAGGAGUGGAAAAGAAAAGCGAUGCGAUAGUUAACUGAUUCGAUGCGCUGGAAAAGCAUAAUGCGCAUGCAAGUGUGAACAAAUUGGGGAGGGUUGGCGUUGACAUUGAUACGGUAAAAAUUGUGAAGGGGUUUUAUUACCCCUUCAAGAAAUUGCAUUAUUAAUUCAUUAAAAUUUUAACGCGCGCCUGCAGUGUAAACCCAUUUGAGGCAAACAACAACUUUUUCUUAUGAAAUCCGAGUUCCGACGCCUCACCCCCCUUUGCGCGACACCACUGCGCUCGUCGCAAAAAAGCCCGCAUAUCAUAUGCCAUGCCAACAACAAUCAACAGCAAUAAUAGCCUUGCACUGCCUGUACGUAAUUAUUGGCCAUGCAACAACUAACUGAAACACAACAAAAAAGUAAAUAAUUUUUCACCAAAAGGCAAAAAUGCGCUAUUGUGCAACAAAAAGUGGCAAAAGUCGCACAGCAACCAAAUGGUAAUGCAACAAUUGGCUAAGUGAGCAAAGCUUAAAUUUCGACUGAAUAUGGCAACAUUGGCAAGCGUGACAGCAUUGGCGUGUUGGCAGCGGCCGCAUGCCUUUCUGGUGGCAUGCCGCAACCACGUUUAGCUGUUAGUGAGUCACCAACGCUACAAGCAUAUAUUUACACGACUAUAUAUGAACACAUCUCUCUACAUGUAUGUGUGUGUAUGUGUUCACUUUCAUAUGCUUAGCGCUCGGUAUUGGAGUUUGUUCCCCUUUGGCUGUGUGGCGGCAACAACACAUUAUGAAAAUAAGUAGCAGCAAACGCUAGAGCAAUAGCAACAACAGCAACAAGAGACACUGAAAUAAUAACAAAAAAUGGCAACAAAAACAAAAACAGUCACUAAAACAAAAACAACUACAACGUUAAUGUAGGCAAUAAGGAACAAAAGUAAGGCGCGCUUACAAGUGUGAAUAACAACAACGAUAACAGUUAAGGCAAGCAAUCUGGCGGCAGCACAGCGUGCAGCGACGGCGCAAAUAAGCAAAAGACAAGCGCAGUUUUGUAAUAGUUAAGAUGUAUGCGCGUGUAUGUUUGUAGAAAAUAUUGCAAUAAUGAGGCAGCUGCCAAAGCGCAGCUUUUUAGUAUAAAUGUAUAUACAUAUGUAUACAGUGUAUACUAUACACAUAUAUACUCACAUUUACAUAUAUAUAAAUAAAUUAUAUAUAUGCCUAGCUUAAGUAGCUGCAUUCGCAUGCACCUAGCACUAUCUUUAAGCAGCUCUCACACAUAUCUUCAUCAAUAUGUAUAUGUAUGCAUGCACACACCCGCACAGCCAUCAAUCAAUCGCUCAAUCAACGCGAACAUAUAAAUUUUAAUGAAUUAUAUCCUCAUAACUUAUUUGCUAAACUACUUAAGUACCUUUGACUUCCUUUAAGCGCGGACUAACUAUAUGCACACAUACUUGUGUGUCUGUAUGCUUGUAUCUUUAAGCGACUAGGCGUAAAUUUAGCAUGUGAACACAUUAUGCAAUAAAUAAGCAUGCAAGUCAAGAAAAAACCUUUCUUCGGCUGCAUAAAUUAAAAAGUGUAGUAAAAAUUGUACUUAUCUUUAUUUGAAAAAAAAGAAAAAGAAAAUUGAAAAGAAAUGUGAAAAUAAUAAAAUUUUAUGUACUUUU